UUGAUUUGUUUUUGUUUUUCAAUCUCUGUAUAGGAUUCAAAUAACCGUAGCAAAAUUGAUACUUGUGCCAUCUUGUAACAGAAUCAUGUUGUUCUCUCAAAUUCUUCUCAAUGAUGUUUUUGUUUUAAUUUAUCUUUUGCUUAGUUAAUUUAUUGUCUUGUUUUGCAUCCUUACAUCAUUAUUGCCCUCUAAUUGUUAUUAGUUGAUUAUUUCCUCGUUGUGAUCUCUAGCGGGCAUUUAGGAUUUUUACUGGUUAUUACUAUGUCGACUUCUCCUACUACAAAUGUCUCUGAAGAGGAAGAAGAGUGGAUUGUGGAAAAGGUUUUAGACAAAAGAUCCUGCAAAGGACAAUUUGAAUAUCUGCUGCAAUGGAAAGAUAACGUGACCUCAUGGGAACUGGCUGAUAGCUUAUCAUGCCAGGAUCUAAUUGAUGAAUUUGAGGAUCAGCAACGUCAAUUAGCUGUUAAACGUCAAGAAAGUGUUGAGACCAAAUCCAGUUCCAAGAAAAAGAAACGGCGAAACUCUACUUCUGAGCCCUUGAAUGGAUUUGAUAGAGGAUUGGAACCCAAAAAGAUUCUCGGUGCUACUCAUAAAAAUGGGGAAAUCAUGUUUCUCAUGAAAUGGCGGAACACUGAUGAAUACGAAUUGGUGCCCUCAAGUAUCGCUAAUAUUAAGUGUCCACAACUCGUGAUCCAGUUUUACCAGGAUCAUUCAGUCUGGAGUGAUGCUAAAAAUCCUGAUAGUCCAACUGCAUCAUAAAAUAAGAUAAUUUACAUGCAAUCGUCAACCCAUUCCCAAAUGUUAUCUCAUGUUCAUCUUUUAAUAUUUUCGCAAUAAACUAAGUUUCAGAGUUCA